AUCAUGGACGUGGCUGGGGAGGCACGUGGCCCCAGCCGGCCCCAGCCUCCCGCUGCUGUUUGCUGGCAAGCUGAACACGCUUUGCCCGCCGCCGCCUCCGCCGCCCUGCCGCUCAGGCGCGUCGGCGGCUCGCUCUGCCUGAUGGAUCCAUCUGUGCACCGCGUCUUCGAGAUAUCCCCGAAGUUGGGGCUAAGGUCCUUUCAAUAAGCACCCGAGCCACUGCUCGAGUUCUUCGGCCCGUCAGCCAACACGUGUCUCGCCCAGCAUCACAGGACCAUUGUCCGUCAGUGUGUGGUCAAAAAUGGAACAACAACAGGAACAACCACAACAACAAAAGCAGCAGCAGCAGCAAAUCCGCCCGCAGCUGGCAAGCCCUGUAGGGGAGGCUGCGGCUUACUAUACCUCCGCUUCCCCCGUCCCCGUCCCCGGCGCAACCGCCCUCGCGACCUCGGGCCCACUCCCGUUGCACGGCGGCCCGCCACCUCCCGCCAGCGGCAAUGGCGGUCCCUUGACCCAUUUCCAGCAGCAACCCAACGGCAGCAGCGGAGGCCAUCCCCAGCACCAGCAGCAGCCCAACGGCAACGGCGGCGGCCAUCCCCAAUACCAGCAACAAUACCAACAGCCGCCCAAGUUCGACCCUCCACCGCUGGCGCCCAUGUCGCCCAGCCCCAUGACGCAGCAAGGCUCCCUGACCCAGUCACCAGGGCCCAUGGUGGCCGCCACAACAGCAACCACCCACGGUCUCAGGGGCGCGCGCUUGACGACCGAGUCCGCCCUCCGCGAGUACAUGGCACUGCAGCGGCGCCGAAACCACGCAGCGGGCUCCGAUGGCGUUGACAUAGGCGCCCGCAUCAAGCUGCAGUCGGGAGUCCUUGUCGGGGAGCUGUACCAGCUGAGGAGACGCGUCGCCGACCUGGUCAAAGCGGCCGAGCAGCAUCGGUGGAGGAGGUGGUUGAUCGGCGGCAUCGUCGGAACUGUCAUCCCGAUGGUCAGGACCCUCUUCCGCCGGCCAGCAACCUCCAUAGAGACGUCCAACAGCACCGAGUACGCCUUCUUCCGGAGCAAGUCGCUGCUCGGCCGCAUCAUGGAUUCGGUCAAGGGCCUGGGUGGUCUGGCCUCCAUCACCUUCUUCGUCUUCUCGGUGCUCUACGUCUUCCAGAACGAGGUCUCCCUCCGCGUCGCCAAGACUCUCAGCAAGCGCCUCCGACGCCUGUCCAACAAGGUUGAGGACGCCCAUCAGCUGGACGACAGGGACAUCGCCCUGCUUUCGGGUUGGCGGUGGAGGAUUCUCGACGUGAGCAGUAGCAAGUGAGACCCAUGGUUUAUUCUGAUGUAUUCUCUUCUCGCCAUCCCGCAUGGUUGCCUUGGGCUCGGGGCGAACAGUUUCUUCACCGGCCCCGGCUACUGUACUGCCAUCCACCCUUCGCUGCACUUCUUAUAGUCUUGAGGGUAUUGGGCGCGGCGCAUUUGCGUGGUCGUUUGUCCUCAAUUUAUUCCUUUGGCGGCCCAAACUUCUUGCCCCUCGUAAGGCGAUUUGUGCCUGGUAGGAGAUAUCUAGCGACGAUGGACAAUGCUUGGUAUGAUUUAGGAACCUCGGUCGUAUACGUAAUGUAUGAAGGGGAGGAGAUUUAGUUGCUGAAAGGAAAUCCGGAAAGUGUUUAUAGAUGUAAAAAAUGCGAGUACCGAACAGGUGUUCCUCCG